GGGGAAAAAAUAUCUGUUGACACCAAAACCCCAGUUAGUCUCUAGAAUUUCAUCAUGUAACUUGCAGAUUCUCUUCUUUCAUGCCAUGGAUGCUAGAGAUGACAAGAGAAAAGGCUCUCUUCCCUCAAUUAUUAUUGAAUCUCACUCCAAUGCUAAUGAGGAUUGGGUUACCCCUGAAGAUUUAGCUUGGGCUGAUUCACCUUCCCAAGUCCUUUCGGGAAGAUGUUGUGGAAACAUUCCACGGCGGUCCUUUUCUGCCUACUUACAGGUCUGGGAUUUGAACAUUGCUGCUCAUGAGGAAUUUGAUCUUGUUAAACAGUUGAAAAAGGCCCUUCAAGAAGCUGGGAAUCAAAAGAUAGAGCAAACUUUCGAUGGAGUUGAACUUCAAAUCAAGACACCAACUUCUGGUGAUUCAGUGGCAAGGAAAGAUGUGAAAGAAAAGUCCCUUGAUCAGAUAGAUACCGGCAUUGCAGAUCUGUCUCUGAAUCAAGAUUCUAGUUAAUUUCUCUACCCAUAUUUGAAACUUUUAGGUUCUAGAAAUUUCCCUUGCAACAACAAGAAUGAGGAUGCUCGAAGUUGCAUGUAUUCUUUUCCAUGGAAUUCCUACUGAAUCUACAAUGUCAAAUGGCAGAGAUGCAUGAAAGCCUUGGAAACAAAUGUUGCUGAAUCUU